AUGGAAGGAGAACAAGAAAGUUGACAAUGCGCAUACGAUGAUGUUUUUUUUUACAAAAAAGUUAAAGUGGGUAAAAUCGUUUUCGCGGCAAGAGGAUAAAACAAUUCGCGCGCGUAACGAUGGUGACAUUUAAUAUUUAUCUUUCAGUUCACGUUUCACGUAACUAAUUUCAAUAUGACUGCUGUGUUCCGAUCUCUCGAUUUAGCUACAAGUCAUAUAUCUAGUGAUGCUAAUGGCCCUUGUAUUUCUUGCACAAGUUUAACAAAAUACACUUGUUUAAAGUGCAAAAAAUUUAUAUGUACAAGGUGCUCUAUUUUUGAAGACGACGAAGAGAGUGUUGGUUGGAAAGCAGGACGAGCGGUUUCUCGUUGCGAUGCAUGUUUUCGUGAAAAGAUUGGGAGUGAGGAAGUCGAUCAAGAAAUUGGUAGGAGUACAUCUUCUCGGGCGAGCAUACGUUCAUUUCGACUGUCCUCUUGUGAGAUCACCGAAGGCGAAGUUAUGGGUCCAACUGAAAGUGUGGAAUAUGAUGAGUUUGAACAUGAUUUACUUGAUCAGUCAAAUGACGAUAGUGAUUUGAAAGAAAUUGAUGAAAAGAGAAAAAAGAGACCUGGCCGUAAGUCUACUUGGAACCCUGAUGAUGUAAAUGAUUUAAUUGACAUCGUUUUGAACAGUGAUUAUUACAAAAGAAAACUUAUAUUCACCAAUACAAAGUGCCAACGAAAUAGUGAGAGUUAUGGGGAAAUUUUAAGAGAGCUGAAAAAGAGAGCUUUAGCAAGAGGUAGUGAGUUGAAGUCCAGUGUAAAGCAGUUACGUACAAAGUUCAAGAAAUGUGUUAGUGACUGUAAACAUGCUGCGCUUACAAUUAAAAAUGCAUCUGGAAUCAAAUGUUUUCAAGAGAGUCGUGGUCUUGGGGACUGGUUUAAAGCAUUGUAUCCUGUAGUAAAGACCAGAGAUUCUUGUAAUCCAGGUCUGGCCAUAGAGCCAGAUACGUUUGGAGCAUCGCCAAGUCCAUCUAAUUCUGAAGCUUUAGAUGAUGAUGAAACGUUAAGAUCUUUGGAA